AUAACAUAGUAAUGAUCAAAAUAAUUAAAAAUAUUCUGCGUAAGAAGUAUAAAAUCCAAUACAAUAAGAUAAAGGAAAAUAAGCUAAUGUACAAUCAUAAACUAUAUAAACAGAUGAAGCACUUUAAAACACGUAUGUAUGUACAUGUUUCCAUAGUGAUGAGGAUUUGGGUCAAUGGGGAACCUGGACGUGGUUCAUGAUUUAAACUGCUGACGGGAACAAGUGGUUUGUGUGGCCAGUGGUCAGAGGGAACAUUAAUAUUUGGGUCGUUUAGUCCUCAUUGCGUCAUCAUCUACAGGGUGGUCCUGGUGAUGAAUAGCUGGUCUAAGUGAGACGUGUCCUGCAGGUCAUGGCGGUCUCCGAGGUGCGGCCCGGUUUGUUCCUCAGCGGUUUGGACUCGGCUCUGAAGCUCAGCGUUCUGACCAGCAGGAACAUCUCACUCAUCGUCAACGCCAGUGGUCUGGAGGACGUCCCCUACCCUGAGCGGGAGGGCAUGGGGGUCCUACAUGUACUGAUCCAGGAUCGACCCCACGAACCUCUCAGCCGCUACUUUGACCCGGUCGCCCAACGGAUUCACCAGAACCGGACAGGAGGGACUCUGGUCCACUGCAGCGCCGGCCGGAGCCGUUCUCCAGCUCUGAUCAUGGCCUACCUGAUGAGGUUUGAAGGGGUCAACCUCCGGAGGGCUCACGAGCUGGUUCUAGACCAGCGUCCCUUCAUCCGACCCAACGGUGGGUUCUGGAGGCAGCUGAUGGACUACGAGAGGACGUUGUUCGGCAGGAACACGGUGCGGAUGACGAGGACAUCCAGCGGCGUCCUGCCCGAGGCGCUGCAGGACUCCGAGGACUCAAACUUACAACCAGAAUACUGCAUCAACGUGAGACGUGUCCUGCAGGUCAUGGCGGUCUCCGAGGUGCGGCCCGGUUUGUUCCUCAGCGGUUUGGACUCGGCUCUGAAGCUCAGCGUUCUGACCAGCAGGAACAUCUCACUCAUCGUCAACGCCAGUGGUCUGGAGGACGUCCCCUACCCUGAGCGGGAGGGCAUGGGGGUCCUACAUGUACUGAUCCAGGAUCGACCCCACGAACCUCUCAGCCGCUACUUUGACCCGGUCGCCCAACGGAUUCACCAGAACCGGACAGGAGGGACUCUGGUCCACUGCAGCGCCGGCCGGAGCCGUUCUCCAGCUCUGAUCAUGGCCUACCUGAUGAGGUUUGAAGGGGUCAACCUCCGGAGGGCUCACGAGCUGGUUCUAGACCAGCGUCCCUUCAUCCGACCCAACGGUGGGUUCUGGAGGCAGCUGAUGGACUACGAGAGGACGUUGUUCGGCAGGAACACGGUGCGGAUGACGAGGACAUCCAGCGGCGUCCUGCCCGAGGCGCUGCAGGACUCCGAGGACUCAAACUUACAACCAGAAUACUGCAUCAACGUCUGAGGGGAGCAGAUCGGUUCUUCAUUAUUAAUCACUUCCUGUCUCUGGGUCAGUGGUUCCUACUAAAGACUUUGAUGUUACUGUGAGAAACUUCUAACUGAUCUGCAACCACAACCGGACUGAGAAAGGAGGGUUUCUGAAGAGUCAGUACCGCUUUAGUCCACAGGGGGCACCAGAACCACCAAAACUAGAUCCAGAACCAGAAGGACCCUUUAGAACAGGGGUCUCAAACUGAAAUGACCUGGGGGCCGCUGGAGGCAGUAUCUGGGUGAGGAAAAAUCCAAACUUCUCAAAUGUCAUUACUAACAGUUAUUUAACUUCAGCGGGUUCUUCUGAACAUGAGUAGAACACUGAAGAACAUGGACGGUUCUGUAGAUGGGGGGGUAACGGGUUCCCAUCAGAUAUCCACGUCACAGCAUGAAUAAGUCCCACUGCGUUGGAAGUAAUGUGUGCGGUUCUGUGUGCGGUUCUGUGUGCGGUUAACAUCCGACUGACACACACAAUAUAAAAAAAGAACAAACACACUAUGGCAGCGGAGUAAAAAAUAAAAAGACAAAUAAAGUUUAU